AUGCCCAGUAAAGGUCUUCUACCACUUUAUGAAGCCACACGUUGUGGCUAUGGCAUGACAGAAUGUACGAUGGCAUCACAUUUACCCGAUCUCAAAAAUUCUGUCCCAUUUGGAAGCGUCGGUAAAGUGGCGUCAAAUCUUCGUAUGAAAAUUAUCGACCCAUCCACCGGUAUGGAAAUGCCUGUCGGUAUGAGCGGCGAGAUUUGCAUCAAAGGACCCACUAUCAUGUUAGGUUAUCUUGGCAAACCGGAUGCAACGAAAAGUACGAUAAUCAAUGGAUGGCUCCAUACUGGUGAUAUUGGAUAUGUCGAUGAGUACAGGAAUCUGUUCAUUGUUGACCGAUUGAAAGAGCUUAUCAAAGUGAAAGGACUUCAGGUGGCACCCGCUGAACUUGAAGACUUGCUGCUUGCUCAUCCUUUAAUUCGUGAUGCUGCUGUUAUUGGUGUACCUGACAAGAAAGCUGGAGAAUUACCCAAAGCAUUUGUCGUAAGGGCUUCAGACGCGUUGACCGAGGAGGAGGUUAAGCUUUGGAUCAAAGACAAAGUCUCUUCAUACAAACGGCUCGCUGGUGGUGUUGAAUUCAUCAACGAAAUUCCAAAGUCACCAGCCGGAAAAAUUUUGCGACGAGAGCUACGAGACCGAAAAGAAAUCAAAUCGAAAUUAUAG